AUGGCUGCCAACACGCAGUCGGACAGCAAUGCAGCCUCUCCAGGCGACCACGAACUUGAGGUCAUGGCGGACAGUAAACCCAGCCUCCCGGUGGAGGAUGAUAUCAUGCAGCUGGCGCGACUGGGUGAGAUUGGAGCUAUACAGAAACUCUUCGACAGCGGCAAGUUCGAUGCGACAUACAAGGACGAGCAGGGCAUAACGCCGCUACAUUGGGCGGCUAUCAACAAUCACCACGCUCUCUGCCACUUCCUCAUCCAAGCCGGCGCGCCCAUCAACGCAAAGGGCGGCGAUGCUGUCGCGACACCCGUGCUCUGGGCUGCAAAGCGUUGCAACUACUACAUCGUCAAUCUCCUCCUCGACCACGGCGCCGAUCCUCUCCUCACCGACGACCAAGGCUUCAAUCUCCUGCACAGCGCGACACUCGAUGGCAACGUGUACCAGAUUGUCCUGCUACUACACCAAGACAUACCCGUGGAUAUCGCAGAUCCGCAGAGUCACACCCCGCUCAUGUGGGCGGCAUACAAGGGCUAUCCGUCUUGCGUGGAUCUGUUUCUCCGGUGGGGUGCCAACGUAUAUGCGACGGACGACCAGGGCUUCACUGCAUUGCAUUGGGCGCUCGUAAAGGGCAGCCAGGGAUCAAUACAGAAGCUGCUCGAGUACGGAGCGGACCGAUUCGCCAAGAACAAUGAUGGCAAGACACCAGAGGUCACGGCACAGGAGAUGAAUACCACCCGGCAAUGGCGUCGCGCUCUAAUGGAAGCUGGCUUUGACAAAAAUGGAAACGCGCGGCAAUUCCCCAUCCCGGGUGUCAAAGACACGAGGUGGUUCCUAAGCCGGUUCAUUUUCUUCUGGCCAUUUGCCAUUCUGUUCGUUGCGCUUUCCCUUGUUAGCCAUCUGCCAGCGUUUCUCGGCAUACCAUUGGCCGUGAUUGUUGCGUAUGUUAUGCAAUGGGCAGCGCAAAGGUUGUUGCGCUGGGGCCCCUCGAACAUGCGAAGCAUACAUCAUACUCCUUUCCUAGCCGGUAUUUUCGCUGGCACACUUUUCUGGGUCGGUGCACGUUGGGCAACGACUGUAUUACCAUGGACGAUACGAACGAGCUUUCUUCUUAACUUCCUAUUCGCGGCGUUUUACGCAUCCACGGCCUAUUUUUACUUCUUCACCAUGACCACUGAUCCCGGCUUCGUACCUAAGUCGGCGAGCAGAAGUGCGUCCAAGGCGGUUAUUGAUGAGCUCAUGGAGCUACGACAAUUUGAUGAACACCAUUUCUGUGUGAAUUGCAUGGUGCGGAAACCCUUGCGCAGUAAGCAUUGCAAGCGCUGCGAGCGCUGCGUCGCGAAGAGUGAUCACCAUUGCCCGUGGGUUAACAACUGUGUGGCGAACAACAAUCACAGACAUUUUGUUCUCUACGUACUGUCUUUGGAGCUCGGUAUUGUCAUGUUCAUCAGGUUGGCACUCGCUUACUUGGAGAUACGUGACGCACCCACGGAAUACCCUAAAUGCGCUGUCAUCUCACCAGAGCUUUGCAAAGUCCUCAACAAAGACCCUUUCACAAUUGUGCUCUCGAUAUGGGCAGCUUUCCAGCUGACUUGGGUCACCAUGCUUCUCUGUGUCCAGCUGCUUCAGAUUGCGCGGAACCUGACAACGUACGAGAGCAUGCGUGGUCAUCUCCAUGGCGCUACACCCGCAGAUGCACUCAACUCCUUUGUUACGACCGGCGACACCAGUCAAGAUGUAUCUGGCGGUGCCGGCAGCGCACCAACAAACGGGUUUGGCUCUGGCCAAGACACGGGCGACAUCCCUCGGCGUCCUCAACCCAAAGCCUCCAUCUGGGACCAGUGGAAGCGUCUCCUUGGAAUCGACACGUUCCUCACCAUCGCUCUCCACGGAAGUCAAGGAGAGCAAAUACGGCGGCAAAGAAGAGGGAACCCCUUUUCACGCGGCAUCGUUACGAAUUGCAAAGAUUUCUGGUUGCUGACUUUGGUAGACGCACCGGACCAUUCUGAGCAAACCCAUGGGCCCAUGGCCGAGUACGAUGCGCGUGUUGAGUCCGGACGACUCCGAGACGACGAGCACCAACGCAACAUCAUCAAGAACCUGCAAGAUCUCCACGAUAUGCUGAAAUCCUACACGCAACCACCAGUUCAACAACCUACCAUCGAGUCCCUACAGCCGCCCAAGAAGUCGUUCUUCUCCUUCCUUACGUCGUCCAACUCCGUGGGGUCGGCCCUACCACCCAUACCCGAUUCGCUGCCAAAGGGCAUGUACAUGUUUGGCGAUGUAGGCAGUGGGAAGACAAUGAUGAUGGAUCUGUUCUAUGACACUCUACCGCCGAACAUCAAGAGGAAGACAAGGAUACAUUUCCACGCGUUUAUGCAGAGCGUACACAAGGAUUUGCACAAGAUGAAGAUGCAGCAUGGGAAUGAUAUUGAUAGCAUUCCCUUUGUUGCAGCGGGUAUAGCAGAGCGCUCCUCCGUCCUCUGUUUCGAUGAGUUUCAGUGUACGGACGUUGCCGAUGCUAUGAUCCUAAGACGACUGAUAGAGAGCCUAAUGGCCCACGGAACCGUUAUUGUCACGACAAGUAACAGACAUCCGAAUGACCUUUACAAAAACGGAAUACAAAGGGAGAGUUUCGUACCUUGCAUCAACCUUCUCAAAACGAGGCUCACAGUCCUGAACCUGGAUUCCUCGACAGAUUACAGGAAGAUCCCACGGCCACCAAGCGGUGUAUACCACCAUCCUCUCGACGCCUCCGCACAAACGCAUGUAGAGAGAUGGUUCCGCUUUCUCGGCGACUUCGAAAAUGACCCCCCACACCCCGCAAUCCAUGAAGUAUGGGGAAGGGAGGUCCGCGUACCGAAGGCUAGCGGGAAGUGCGCCGUGUUCAGUUUUGACGACAUCAUCGGGCGCGCUACGGGAGCAGCCGACUACCUCGAGCUCACGAGACAAUAUGAGGCGUUUGUCAUUACAGGGGUGCCUGGGAUGAACCACAGGUCCAGAGACUUGGCGCGGAGAUUCAUCACUUUUAUAGACGCCGUGUACGAAUCAAGGGCCAAGCUAGUAAUGACCACAGCCGUUCCACUAACGUCGCUCUUCCUCGACCAAGCCGAACUCAACGACGCUGUUACCGCUACACAAAAGGCUGGGAAACUUCCUACGACCGUCUCUCCUUCACCGAAGCCACCGGCCAAGUCUGCGCAAGCGGACGACCAUGAAGCCAUCUCUGACGUAAUGCGCAAUCUCAUGGACGACCUUGGUAUGAACAUGGACAUGUUGAAGAACAGCAGUAUCUUCUCUGGCGAUGAGGAGAGAUUUGCGUUUGCUAGAGCUUUGUCAAGAUUAAGUGAGAUGGGAAGUCAAGAGUGGGUUGAACGCGGACUGGGCCUUGAAAAGAGAGGUGGAAAGGGAGAGAUGGAGGGCUGGCAGAAGGUUAGGAGUAGAUGGAGAGAGGAUAGCAUGUAG